AUGUCCUACCACCACCAACCCUCCAUCACAACCCCGCUCACAGGCUCCGCCACCUUCCUCGUCCUCGCCCACCAACCCUCCUCCCCCCUCGACCGCAUCCGCAAAACCCUAGCCGACAUCGACGGCCUCGCCAAAAACAUCGCCAUCCGCGACAUCCGCUCCGACUUUGCCUGCACCGUGGGCAUCGGCGCCGACAUCUGGGACCGUCUCACCACCACCACCAACCCCACCACGGGGCAAACCAGCAGCAUCUGCCGACGCCCACCCGAACUCAAACCCCUCCCCGUCCUGCGCGGCGCAGUCCACGCGACGGUCUCGACACCGGGGGAUUUACUCUUCCAUAUUCGGUCUCACAGGCGGGAUCUGUGUUUUGAGUUUGAGAGGCAACUGUUGAAAGCCCUGGGGGAUUCGGUGCGUGUCGUGGAUGCUACGGUGGGGUUCCGGUAUUUUGAUGCGCGCGAUCUGUUGGGGUUUGUGGAUGGCACGGCGAAUCCGGUUGGGGAGCGGGCGGUGGUGAAUGCGGCUGUGCUUGGGGAGGGGGAUGUUGAUGGAUUGGAUGGAGAAAUUGAAGGGGGUAUUGGGGGAGGGUAUGUGGUUGUUCAGAAGUAUUUGCACAAUUUGGAUGCGUGGAAUGCGCUUUCAACGGAGGAGCAGGAGGGGAUUAUUGGAAGGACGAAGUUUGAUAAUGUGGAGUUGGAUGAUGCGGAGGAGGGGCAAAGGUCGCAUAAGACGUUGACGACGAUUGAGGAUGAGGAGGGGAAUGAGCAUGAGAUUGUAAGGGAUAACAUGCCGUUUGGGUCGCCUGCGGGGGGAGAGUAUGGGACGUAUUUUAUUGGGUAUUCGAAGAGGCUAUGGGUCAUUGAGCGCAUGUUGGAGCGCAUGUUUGUGGGGUUUCCCGAGGGGAAGCAUGAUCGGAUCUUGGACUUUUCGACGCCGGUGACGGGGACCACGUUUUUUGUGCCGCCUGUGGAAACGCUUCAGGGGUUGGGAGGGUGA